UUAUCACCCAAAGUUGACCUCCGCGAAUACACCUCCGCAUAUUUUCUUGAGGUUGAGCUCCCUGGAAUACAAAAGCCGAACGAUAUUGAUAUGAGGUGGUUGGACGGAAGUACGUUACAGAUUCAAGUGUCAAUCCCGAAGACGGAUCUGGAAGCGGAGUGGGGCGACGCAAUUUCUCAUGAUAAACCUCACAAGAAAGUCCAGAGUGCUAGCGAGUACGAAAAAGAAUGCGAUGGGCGGAAUGGUUUCGGCGGGGGAACCGAGAAGCAGGAAGCGGGUGCAAGAAGCAGCCCUGAGCGCCUGAUGACAAAACUCUGGCUCAACGAGCGAAGGACCGGGGUCUAUAUGCGAAACUUCUAUUUUCCGAUUGCUGUGGAUACGGAUGCUAUCCAAGUAAGGCUCAGGCAGGGGCUUCUGAAGGUCCUUGUGUCGAAG